AUGAUGUCCGCCGACCAACUCAAACUGGUUGAUUGCCGUCUGCGCCAGAUCACGCAGCGACUCGCCGAACCCUUAGGUGGACUGGACGUCAUCCUCUGCGGGGACCUGCGGCAGUUGCCGCCCGUGCGUGCCAGCGAGAUCUUCAAGCGGCCCCGCAGUGCUGAUGGUCUCCUUGGAUUCAGCACUGUCACCUGGCAUCAUCUCGAAUACUUCCCGCUCGUGAGAGUCGUGCGCCAGUCCGACGUCACCUUCUCCGCGGUCCUCACAAAGAUUGGGGACGGCCACGCGCUCGAGCCCGAAGAAGUAAAGCUUCUCGAAUACAGGUUCGUAACGGUCGAGGAAGCCGCCGAGCGCGCGCCCUCGGCCGUGCGCAUCUUCUACUCGAACGCCGAUGUCACGCAUUUCAACGAGACCGUGGCCCGUUCGCAGGACGACUUCGUGGUGCUUCGCGCGCGUGAUCGGUACCUCGGCAGUAAGACGCCGCAUCUGCCCGAGAAUGCCAAGCGCAGGGUUGCCCGCAUGGUUCCCAGCAAGUUUGCAAAUCUACCCGGGGAAGUCAUGGCCGUGAAUGGCAAGCCCUACAUGAUGACUCAUAACAUCGAUCUCGUGGAUGGUCUGGUCAACGGUGCGGUUGGAGUCUUGCGCCUGUGUGAGCUCGCCGGUCCGUUGCCCGAUGAUAGAGAUGGAGUGGAUGAAGAAGGAGAAGGAGACGAGGAUGAAGAGACGCGCGUGUGGCGACUGUGA